AACGAACGAAUCCAGCAGCAGCAUGACGUCCGCUCGGCCGUACAAACUUUUUCAUAAACUUCGCAUUCGAACUGUCAGAAAAACUUCCCGAACUUCUCUCUCCGCAAGACUUUGCGUUCGGAAAAGUUAAAGAACAAUUUUCUUUUCCCUCUGCGAAGGCGUUUUCAUUCAUUGUUGAAAACUGUAGAGAAAGAAAAAAAGAAUAAUUAUAACAGAAAAAUAAAUUAGAAUCAUCACCCACGCUGCCUCGCCAACCCCUCACUUCCGAUGAAAUGAUUCAUUUUUUGGAGUAAUAAGAAGUGCAAUAGCAGCAGCGGUGCUUUCGACUUCCGAACCCGACCGACUCGAGCCUACUUGAGUCACUGCUGAAUCGAUUCAUUCUGAGAACGACUCGGUUGGAAAAGAAUCGAUUCAGUCGCCAAUCCGGCGAUCGCCAAUUGGCACGUGUUUCGCCAAGCGCCACUUUUCACCGGUGGCACGCGUGGUGAAGUUUGAGUGAGCGCUCGCAUGCAGUGGCGUUAAGGGGCGAUGCUUGUGAGCUGGUCGGCUCUGGUGGCAAUCCUCGUGAGCGUGACGGCGGCUUGGCUCGAACCCGAGGCCCAGCAGGAGGUGGUUUCGUUCCAGCGUCGGAUCUUGGCCAGUCUGGGCAUGAAGCGACUGCCGGACAUGCGACAAGUGAACACCACACAGGACGAGAUGCAAAGGAUGAAGAGGAAGUAUUUGAGGAAUGUGAGGAGGAGUGAGCAGGAAUUACUCACCUUUCAUCACACAGAUUGUGAAAGAGAUUCCUACGUCGAGUUUCAUCCUGAAAUAGAACAUGACUCACGCAUCCUGUGGGCGAGAUUGAGGUUUCCAAACUCUUCCACCUCAGAUGUCUCAGACGUCCUCAGGAGUUGGAGGCAGGGUGGACAGGAACUUCUCCUCACCCUCCCUUGUCUCCGGUGUUGCGGGGCCAAGCUCGAGAUUCUGCUUCGAGAAUCUACAGUUGGCCUUCGAUCUAAAAGAUCCGCCUGUGGACGCGAAUGCUGUAGGCGACCCCUUAAGAUCCGCUUCAAGGACAUCGGUUGGGACUGGAUAGUCCAACCUGCUGAAUUCGAGGCAUACUACUGUAAAGGAAGGUGCAGGGAUGCCACUGACGAUUUUGCCAGUACGCAUGCUCUCAUGCAAAGUAUUCUGAACUUUAAGGGACGCAAGGUGUCACGUCCAUGCUGUGCCCCGAGGAAGCUUAGACCUCUCGAUUUGCUGCACUAUAAUGACAAACAACCACCUGAGCUGGUGGUGACCAGACAGAAGGGGAUGAUCGUCAAAGAGUGCGCCUGCACUUGAUCAUAAAACUAGUCAGAAAGUGACUCGUGAGGUUGUAAUUGGCAUUCCACUAGCCACCUUUACCGAGGGUAGCUGGACGACUCCUCGAUGACGUCAAGAGGAUCGAUGCGAAGAUGAAAACACAUGCCCGAGGACUGAUUCCAGGGACUUGUUUUUGACCAAAAGCUGUUGCCAAACCGUAUGGAUCAAAUAUUGCAUGCUUAGUCCAAUGUAUGACUGUAAGGAUUUUAGAAAUCCUAAAUGUUUUCUUGAUUUAAAGCUGGAAGAUUAUUUGACUGAUCUUGGUCCAUUUCUCAACCAGAUGUAGUUCUCCUGUAUGAUUUGAUCCUAAUAAUUGUGGCAUGUGAACGUUUUACUAUCAGAUUAGAAUAACCUCGAGGAAGAUACAGAUUGGAGGAUUAUGAGCUGAAACGUUGGGUCUGAAGUCUGUUGUGAUAUUGGAAUUUGACUUUCAAAAUCAAUGGUGGCAAAAAGCUUACUGUCAAUUAAUUGUUGUAAAUCCAAUUUGGCGCGUAUAGCUUGAUGUACCGUGAAACAUGUCAGUGCCAUUCAAGUUAUUCCUAAUGAUGUAUUGGAAUAAGAUCGUAUACUAUAUAAGAUUGCACCUAGGUAGAUGACGUUUUGAUGUUGAUUAUUGUAUUUAAUACUAUUUAGAUGACCAAAUAUUUCCUGCUGAUGUAUCCAAAAUAUUCUAUAUAACUAUUUAACCUGUAUCUUAACAAUUUAUAUUUUUUAAAAAUAUGAUCUUAACCAAAAAUCACGAUUGAGCAAUGAGUCAUAUAUAUAUAUGCCAAACAUAGGGCAACAUAUGCCAGUAUAAGUGAAGAAAAACAUGUGAUUUUAUUACUAAAAAUCGAUGCGUUUAUUGUUGAAGAAGCAAUAUUUGUCAACAUUUUAAAAAUUUUAAAUCUAUUACAGAAUUUUAUUUAUGAGGAUUCUUAUACUUGCGUAUUUAAUUUAGUUUUUGAAUUGAAUAAACAUAUUAAAUUAAAUAAAUGCCUUUUAAAAAAAAUAGAAAAUUUUACAAAAAUAAACUUUUUACUGGUUUAAUGUAUCUUUGGAGCAAUAUAUUUUGCUGACAAAUAAUUGCUGUUAUUACACACUGUUGUUUUAAU